UUUAUAAAUUCCAAAAAGGUGCUCAACUCCCAGAGGCAGGUCCCUGAAAGCCUACCUCGUGAGCUGUUGCGGCCACUGCCCUUCUCAGGACGGCACUAUGAGAGCCCUGCUGCUGCUCACCUUGUCUGCUCUCUUCUGCUGGGCCACAGCUGACAUUCGCUGUCACUCCUGCUACAAGGUCCCUGUGCUGGGCUGUGUGGACCGGCAGUCCUGUCGCCUGGAGCCAGGACAACAGUGCUUGACCACAAACGUGUACCUCGGGAAGAUGUGGGUGUUUUCCAACCUCCGCUGUGGCACACCAGAGGAGCCCUGUCGGGAGGAGUUCAAUAAAACCAACCACAAGCUGGGCCUGAACUACAACACCACCUGCUGCAACAAGGACAGCUGCAACAGCCCUGCCCCCCGGCCCACUCCCGCCCUGGCCCCCCUGUUCCUCACCUCCCUGGCCGGCCUGGGCCUCUGGCUGCUGCACUGAGGCUCGCUGCCCAACUGCCCCUCCCUCGCCUUGGCCUGAGCUCUCCCCCUGCCUCCCCGCGGCCCUGGCCUCCCAGAGCAGCCUCUCCCCGGCUCCCCUUCCUGUGAAGAGCGUGUGCCAAGUCCUUCUCAAGAGACAGUGCUCAGAGCGGCCUCCCUGCGCUCUGGUUUUCCCGAGUCCUCUCUCAUGGCCCUCUAGGCCACUCUGGAUCCUCCACUGGCCUCUGAAGGGCUCCCCACUUUGUCUCCCACAUUGUACUAUACCCUCACUGGGGAGGGAUUGGGAUCGGGGGCUUCCAUCCCAUCCCCACCACAAGUUCCCAGGAAGGACCUAGUGACCUCUCUGCCCGGGGCUGACUCCCCAAACCAUCGACUCCUUUCCAUUUUGAGGAAUAAAUGUGUGUCUAAUAAACUGUGUUUCUCACGAGGAGA